UCUCUCCGCCUCGCGCGCCCCCGCUCUCUUCUCGCGCACUCCGGCAGCGGGCAACCGCGCCGCGCCGGCGACGAGCGCCACCGCGCCGCGCUGCGCCAUGCGAGCCUCCUCCUUUUCCUUCCUCUGUUUCUCCCCGUCUCCCGCAACAGAGAGCGUGAGAGAGAGCAGAGAGGCACAGCCCGCCUAACCGAUGCGGCGGAUGGGGCCACCCCGGCCACCGGCGACGGCGACGAGCCGCGCUGUGCGAGCCUUCCCUUUCCCCCUUCCUUUCUCUUUUUCACCCAUCCACCACCUCCUUCUAUUGGAGAGAGCCGUCAGCUACGGCGCGCGAUACGGCGGCGCCCUCCCUGUCCGCUUUGCCGGCGUGCGCGAGCACCUCGAUGGUGAACGCGCCGCCGUCAAACGGCUCGGUGGUGGUGCAUGUACUUUGCCCCUGUGAGAGGGUAGUUCUUCGUCCCUGUCGCCUCGGCUUGCCGAUGCGCGACGGGAUCGAGAGGAACAGGCGCGGCCUUACGGCGGCGCUCUUUGUCGGCGAGGCCCGAGGCCAUACUCCGGAGCAAUUGGAGUGUUCCAUGAACCUCUUGGCCAUGCAUUGUAUGAAUGCAAUCUUGGAGUCAAGGAAAAUACUUGUCUCAAGUCUGCAGAAAGUACAGGGCUGGGUUCCGUUGGAAGUCAUCUGCAAGUGUGCCACCUCUCAUGAUGGAUUCUUCUCAUGGUGGGGAUUCGGUCUGAAGGUGGAAGCAUUGCUCCAGAGUCACUCAAAGUCUCAAAAUUUGGCAACAAAUAUAUUUGAGGAAAGAAUACGAACACCAUUUUUGUCGUUGCACACCUGGACUCUCAUGGAUAUCUGGGAAUGAGCACUUCCUAUUCAAAAUUCACUUGCAGAAUCAACUCAUUGAAGGUCCAUAUGUUGAACUUCUGUUUAAGAAUCUGCUAAUGACGGUGUGUAGAACUGCGGCUUCCUUGCAAGGACUGCUCGCUGUCACUCUUUUGGCAAUCUUGCUGAAGAUUGGUUGGCCAUUGUGCCGUUAUUUUAUUUGUGGAGCUGUAAGGCUUGGGACUGAGGCAGGAGCAUUCCCCCAAGGAAAAUCAAGUUUUAUUGGGAGGUCGUAUGUUGUGGAUGUCACCAUAUCGUGUAUUUUCCUUCGUUGAGGUUAUAUUUCAUUUCAGGUUCUAGAAUCUUAUCCAAAAGGCAGUGUUGUUUUUAUGGAUUUUGUUAAGCUUUGUCUUACGACACUUCAUGGCAGUGUUCACUGUCAAAUCCUGUAGGAAAUAUGGCUGACUAUGGAUGCGCACAUGUGAUUGAUGUUCAUUCAUUUUGCAGCACUACUUGAGAUGGUUCUGCCUGUAGAGAUGUACCUAUAAUGAACUAUAAAUGAGAUUGAUUGUGAUUCAUUUUA